AUGGCGAGUAAACCCGAAUCCCAUCAGCACCAUUCUUCCACACAAAAGCCCCCUUCUUACGACCUCGACGCCAACAGUAUAAAAUAUGAAGCCGACAUUGAACAAUCAGAGCCGACUGCAGCGAAUGGAGUGCUGGAAGCCCUGGGCUAUGAGCCCGAGCUUCAGCGAAACCGUUCAACCCUUCAAGUCGCCUUUAUGUCUUUUGUCCUUGCAGCCAUUCCAUACGGUCUCGCCACAACAUUCUACUACCCUCUUAUUGGAGGGGGUCCCGUAAAUAUCAUAUGGGGAUGGGUAAUCGUGUCAGCGAUUAUUCUCUGCGUUGGCGCAUCACUUGGAGAGAUUACUUCGGUCUAUCCCACUGCCGGUGGUGUAUACUAUCAAUCUUACAUGCUGUCUCCGCCCGCUUAUCGAAGAAUCGUCGCUUGGAUAUGCGGCUGGUCUUACGUGGUCGGCAACAUUAUGAUCACACUCGCAGUCAAUUUCGGCUCUGCGCAAUUCAUCAUCGCUUGCGUCAACGUGUUUGAGGUCUCACCAGGUGUUGGUAUCUUUGAAGCAGAGGCAUAUCAGACUUUCCUUCUUUUCCUUGGCAUUACGCUUCUGUGUAAUGCAGUUUCAGCUCUGGGAAACAAAUGGCUGCCCUAUCUUGAUACAUUCGCCAUCUUCUGGACGUUCGUCGGUAUCUUGGUAGUUAUUGUUUGUGUAUUGGCUAUUGCAAAAGAAGGAAGACACUCUGGUGAAUAUGUGUUCACCACAUUUGAGCCACAGUCGGGCUGGCCAGUUGGCUGGUCUUUCUGCGUCGGACUCUUACAGGCUGCAUACGCUACCUCAUCAACCGGGAUGGUUAUUUCGAUGUGUGAAGAGGUACAAGACCCAUCUCGCCAAGUCCCAAAGGCAAUUGUGGGCACCAUCAUCUUGAACUUCCUCGCUGGGCUUCUUUUCAUGAUCCCUUUGAUCUUCGUCCUACCUGAUAUUACAGAGCUUGUUAAUCUUGCAUCUGGUCAGCCGGUUCCGACUAUUGUCAAGUCUGCUGUUGGAACUUCUACCGGAGCAUUCCUUCUUCUCUUGCCGUUGUGCGUACUCGCUCUUAUUUGCGGUAUCGGGUGCACUACUGCUGUUUCCCGGUCUCUUUGGGCUUUCGCGAGAGAUGGAGGUAUUCCAUGGUCCAAUCUCUGGCGGGUGGUAGACAAGAGAAUGAAUGUCCCGUUCAAUGCUAUGAUGCUUGGGAUGGUAAUUGAGAUUGCUCUUGGUCUUAUCUACUUUGGAUCAACCACUGCGUUCAACGCCUUCUCCGGAGUUGGUGUCAUCACUCUAACUGUGAGCUAUGCCUGUCCAAUUGCUGUGUCCUUCAUGGGUGGUCGAAAGCAAAUACAGAAUGGCAAUUAUAAUUUAGGAAAGCUGGGAGCAUUUUGCAACGUUAUCGCACUUGCUUGGAGUGCGCUUGCCGUACCAUUGUUCUGUAUGCCCUCUUACAUUCCUGUCACAGCCGAUACAGUCAAUUAUGCACCGGUUGUCUUUGUAUGUUUCGCAGUUAUUGCCAUGGCCUGGUACUGGGCGUGGGGUAAGAGAAAGUAUGAUGGCCCACCUUCAGUCGACGAUGCCAUCAUUGAUCUACGCAAUGAUGGGUCAUCAUGA